AUGGCGACUGGUCUAUUUACCAUAUUUGGACUUGAUGAAAAACUUAGCCAUGGUGGUAGUUAUGGCAACCGCUUUGAAUCGAAGAACACAGAGGUGGGCAGGAGUCAAAUAACAAAAUGGCGGCGAGCAAGACGGCUUCUAGUUUCCACAGUAUGCCGCAUCGAAACGGCACAUACGUGGCCAGCCAUGGGAGCAGUACGAGUGCAGACGUUACUCCUGACUUACAUCUUAAGAUGUCGAAAAAAAUCGCACAGCUUACCAAGGUUAUUUACGCACUGAACACAAAAAACGAUGAACAUGAGAAUGUUGUGGAAAACAUGAAAGUAGCACAUGAGGAAGAAAUGCAAAAACUGAUAGCAGAGACGAAAGAAAAGAUGAACUACUUCAAGACAAGGCUAGGCGCUGUUACUGAACAAAAGCAGAAGAUCGAAGUUUUGGAGUCGCAUUUAGCCAAGGAACGACUGCAACGAGAGGAAGCUAUGUCAGAAUUUGAACAGUUCAAACGGCGAAACGAAGAUCAUGAGGCGAGACUAAAGUCAGAGUUUUCAGACAAAAUUUUGACUAUGUCAAAGGAAUUGCUUGCGGCAAAAAAGCAGUUUGAAGAGCGGAUGAAAAAUUUCCAGGCAACUAGGAGAAAACUGGAAGAGGAUAGAGAUACGGCUGUGGAGGAAUUGUCAAGCAAACACCAUGAUGAAAUGGAUCAACUGAUGAAGGCUCAUCGCGUACGGUAUGAUGAGCUCGUGAAGGAAAAAGAAAAACUUCAGAAACAGUUUGAACAAAAACUUUCUACAUUGCAGUCUUCUGGCGACGUUGCUGCGGAGGAAAGGCGGAAAAUAGAAUUGGAAUACCAGGAAAAAGUUGAAAAACUAAAGACAUUUUACGAAAAAGAGCUUGCUGCUUCCAAAGCACUACAGGAAUCUUCGAAAGAGACUCAGCUUAAAGAGUGGGAAGUUCGAGAAAAAGUGCUCAGGUCCGAAUGGAGUAGGCAGGAAAGGAUUCUAAAGGACAGAAUCUCUGAAUUGUUGAAUCAACUUAGUGAUGGAGAACAACAAAUGUCAAUUUUAAAAGUACAACUAAAUGAGUUAGAGUCGAAACUUCAUGGCAAAGAAGGUGACUCUACUGUUUUAGCAAAACAACUUGAGGAAUCCAGGAAAGAAGUCGCAAAAGCUUUGCAGAGUUUGAGAGAUACAGAAAAUGAUUUAACUGUAUCUAAGAAACGCUCUGAGGAGCAGGAAGCAGAAAUCGCCCGACAAUCAAGUAAGUUUAACUGUUGCUUGAACUGUACUACAGUACAGUAUAGUAGAAUGAUUUAAAUGAAGACAACUUCGUGGGAAAGCUUCUUUUUAAGGCUAAAGUAGUUUUCUUAGUUUGCAGAUGUACUUGACCAUGUUACCCAGAGAGCAUCUCAAAUAAUGUAACUCAAUUACAUGAUAAAAAUAAAUUUAAAAAAUUUAACUGUUUUGCAUACCCCCACUAUGCAACAUUUACUGGAUUGUUUGUAUUUCAGCCUUUUUUCAUUCAUGGUCUUGUUAUUUUUUUUUUAAUUGAAAAACUAAAAAUAAUAGCAAGGAUUCAUAUUAUGUCACCAUGUUUAUACUAAGUAUGCCUUACUGGGGGGCAUGUGGUAUUGAAACAAAGGGAUCUUUUGUUCUGAAAGUUAACACACUGGAAUCAUAAAAGCAGUUUUUGUGGACAGUAACCAUUGCAAUCAAAUAUAUGAUUAUUAAUGACAGGUGGAGGAAAAAGACGAGAAUCAAAGCACAGACAAGGGGUAGAAUUGUUUUCAGAAUCAGAUUCUAAGGAAGAACAUCCAAGCAGAAGUGAUUUAUCUCUUUGUCUGAGUGUUCAUAAAUUAAGUUAUUAUUCUAUUUUCAUGAUUCAGAUGUUUUCAAAUCAGCUUCUAUAGAAAUUGCCAUCGCUGGGUUAAAAGCAGCUAACUGUGAGUUCAUCCAUUUCAUGCACAUUUUCACAGGUCACGAACUUGAUCUUAAAUGCACCUCACCUCACCCACCCCUUAUCACAAAAAACUUAACCAAUCACCAACUCACACUCACUCUAACUUGACCACAAGGUCUGAAUAAUAAUAGAUGAAGUAACCUAAAAAACGUGAAAGUAAUAUUAGUGAUUUGUUAUUGUCUUGUCAAAUCAAAGACUCUCAUCAUUACCAGGCAUAAAUGAUAAUAAUAUUUUGUUAAUCAUAUUUUCACAAAAUGAAGUGACCUUUAGCAGUGUCCCAAGGAGCUCAGGUGACCAGCAAACGUCAAUGUGGCACUGUCUACCCACAGAAAAUGUGUUUCUCAAAUUAAAUUAAUGUAAAUUGUGCGUAAAUAAUUGCCAUCCUGAAGACUUAACUUCUUUCUGUGAUUACUUUAAGAGAAAUGCCUUUUGCAGAUCCCCCCCAUGAAGAAAAUUGAAAAUAAAGUGAAUAAAUAAAUGAAUAAAUAAGAAAAAAAAAGAAAAUAUAUAGAAAAAAGUAUAAUAUGUUUCUGGGAUAGAGCCCGAUUCUUCUAAUGAAAAGGAGAGGCUUCCCCCCUGCCAUGCCUACCCCUAAUGCAAGUGCAGUCAUGGAAUUCAAAUCUAUGUCUGCCUUUUUGUUUAUUAGACUACAACUGAAACAGGGCCCACACAGGCUUGAAAAGUCCUUGAAUUUUAGGGAAGUCCUUGAAAAGUCAUUUAAUUUUCUUCAACUUUGAAUGCAGUGACCUGGAAAGUGUUUUUUAAUGCCUUUUGGUUGUCUGAGACAGAGUAUAAAUCAUAGCUCAGAGAAGUUAAAGGUGAUUUACAUAAAGGGUCUUUUGUUUUAUGCAAUAAUUAACUACCAAUAGAGUAGAUAGUUCAAGCCUUAAAGUCAUGUUAGAAUGGACUGGGAAUGUGCAUUUUUGUACAAUCUGGGACAUUACCAGUACAUUCCUGGUAGCUGGUCAUUGAAAACUGAAUGUCAUCCUUGAAAAGUCAUUAAAAAAUGGAAUCUCAUUUCUUGUAUAAACCCUUUGGAAGGUGGUACGUUUACAAGGGGGUUUAUUUGUUACUCAGGAAAGGAUAAGGAUAAUAGAGGUUUACAAGUUCCCAUAUAAAGCAGUUUUAUAAAGGUGUAUGACUUGAUUUGUGUCUCCAAAGAGAAAACUUCAGGGUUAACCAUACGUUACCUUCAGUAUGUAUAGUGAUACUAUAUUCAUUACUUCCUGGUACAAAACAGAGGCAUCAACAAGUUAGUGUGACUUAUAGCUUUGAGCACACUUUUACUGGUAUGCACAAAUCCAUUUACUUUGGUGCACAUAUCAUUUUACUGACAAACUAAAAUUAUUUUCAGUGCAAAUCAGUAAGCUUGAUGCAAGCAAGUUGUCACAGGAGACAAUAAUAAAAGAUUUGAAAGCAAAUAUUAGCAGUCUUCAGAGGAAGCUAAACACUCUGGAGAAGGAACAUGAUGAUUUGGAUAAAAGGCAUAGUUCACAUACCAUACAAGCUGAUUCCGAGCUUAAACGACUUCAGCAGGUUAGUGAGGAACAAGUGAAAAGACUCACAGAAUUAGUUGGGAAUGAAGUCAAAAGAUCUAUUUCUUUUGCAUGUGGAUUGUAAAGGAGGAAUCUCAUUAACAGUAUUAAAAGAUUAGUAUUGAGAAGGGGAUGGGCAACGUACCUGCUUUUUGAAAAAUUUAGGCUGUGAGAAGUUGUAGAAGAAAAAGGUAAAAUGUUUUGUUCAGACAUUUUUAUGUUGAAAAUUUUUGGGAGUGAAGGAGUUAAUUUGGCUGUGAGUGUUCUUAAUGCCAUCAUCAUAAUCAUCAAUUAAAUAAAUUAAUCUUGCUUGGUCUAGGUUACAUUCCCUCCAUGCUUCCUUGUUUUCAAAUCAUUUAAUGACACUUUUCUUUUCCUGAAAGGAAACUGAGAAACUUUCAAGGGAAAAAGCCGACUUGGCGGCCAAAUAUAAUAUGGAGUUAAAAAGGGCAAGUGAACAGUCUACAAGCAAGGAAGCUUCACUUCGACAAGAACUGGAAGAAGUUACAGCAAGGUUGAAAAGAGAUCACGACAAGGAAUUACAUGAAAAAACAACAAGACUUGAUGAUGAACACAAUUCUUACGUCAAGACUUUGCGGGAAGAAUUUCAACAGAAACUGGCAACACAGGAGAGAGACUUAAUAGAAAAGUCUGAACAAGAACUGGAGAGAUUGCGAGGAGAGAAAAAUGAAGUCAUUGCACAGUUUGAGAACCACUGCAAUGAUUUGAAAAAUAAGCUAAACUCUUCUGAAGAAGAAGUUGAGAGGUUAGAAAAAGUAGUGCAUGAUAGUGAACAAGGACUUGGUUCUGCAUCAUCACAUAUUGACAGUCUGAAAGAGGCUCUUAGUCAGGCGAAACAAGAGUUACAAAAAACUAAGAAUGAUCUAAAGGAAGCGGAGAGCAAAUACACAAAUUCAUUGGUAAGGAAACAGUGGUAAAGAUAUCCAGUGCAACAGGCCUAGUUUUGUGUUUGGAAGUUUUAAUGUGUCUGGUUGUGACAUACAAGUGUUUUCUAGUGAUUUCUUAGUAUAGCUGUCUCUUUCUUUUUUAGCUAACAGCUCUGCAGACCAUACUUUAUUAUGACGCCCAUUUUAUCUUGUGCUUUCAGUCAGUGCCACUGGACUUGAUCUUGCUUUGAAAUCUGCCAACAUUUAGUAACAAAGUAGCUGUAAUAUUCUAAAUUAUUGCAUCUGGUUAUUACACAGCUCUUCACCCCUAAACUCAUCAAUUGCAGGGUUUGACAGUGAAUUACUUGUUUUUUUAUAUGUCAGAGAUGGAGUCUAAACUGUUCAGUUAAAAAGCUUGUUCCUGAGUGGUCACUGCAUCCUAUAUAAAUUAUAUUUAAUGAUAUGGGGUUAAUUCUGUGCUUUGAACCAGGCUUUUAAUCAUGUGAAAGUGACACAUCCAAGUUUAGGUAAACUUACACAUACUGUAAUUGUUUCUUGUGUAGGAUGAAAUUUACAAACUUCAGGCAUUGCAUAGCAAAGCAAUGAAGGAUGGGGAAAUAGACUUGAAUGCCCGACUGGAGACAUUAACAAAUGAGUUGAACACCAAGUGGAGCGAGAGAUUAAGGUGAAGAAACAUCAGUGUUAAUAAAAACAGAGAAAACAAUGGGGGUAUUUAUGUUGUUGGUAAAGGCAGUGUUCAACCUGCAAUUGGCGACAAAAUCAGUCAAGGCACUUUGCCCUAGAGGGGCUUUCUGACAUUUUACCGGCUUCAAAAGGGAAAAAUAUAGCGUUUCCUCUCCCUUCCCCCCCAUCUAUGUUGUGCUACUGUUUGAACUACCUAUAGAAAACAACAAACACCCCAACUUUGAAUGGAGGGGAGGGGAGUGGGGGUGUGGAUUCUUUUUUUCUUUUUGAGUGCAGUGUCUCAACAAUUUUGUCACCAAUUGUUUGAAUUGCAAAAGUGGCCAUUCAUUCUAAAGAAAACUAAUUCAACUCAUUUCUUACCGCUGGGAUGUAAGACCCUUGGUAGCUUUUUAUUUGUUAUGAUUAACAUCAUCACACCUAGUUUAGAACAAUAAUUAUUAGAAAAUGGCAAUUUUGUUAUUUUCAGUGUGUGACAUUUCGUGUCACGCUUCACGUGCCUUGACAUCGUGAGAUGUGGCGCGUUGCACACAAUUUCUUAUUCUUUCCUUAAUUGAAAUAAGGAACAAAGUGAAAAGGACAGAAAAUGAAAUAUGAGUACAUUGUCUCAACAAUUUGUCGCCGAUUGUAGUUUGAUUCAGAAUUCCCCUUGUUUCCAAGCCUUAUAAGAGGUUAGUAUUCACAGGAGACAAGGGGUCUCUGGUUGAACCUAAGAAAGGAUUUUUACAAGAAAUACAAAUAUAAGAAAGAUCUGAUAAAUGUUUAUAUAGUUAAGUGUUGUUUUCAUGUAGUUAUAAAUAUAAAUCAUACUAUGUAGGCAGCUAAAUCGCUAGUUGAUUGGAUAGUAUAUGUAAAUGACUCAGAGUUGUUUGAGGCAUUAUAGUAGUAUAAAUUUUUGAUGCUGAAGUCUUGUCAUAUGCUUCCACAUAGGUACAACAGAAAGUAAAUUGAAUCAGUGGAAAAAUGAUUUCUCAGGGAAUCCUCAUGAACUGAAAUUAUCAUUGUCAUUAAUGCUUAAAUGUAUUUCAGUGAGGAAUGUGGUAAACUUCGCUCUCAACUGAAUGAGCAACACAGAGAAGAGAAUCGAGUAUCUUUAGAGGAGUUAACAAAAGUGAAAGACAUUCAAAGAGAUGAACUGAGGGCAGAGCUGCAGAGCAAGAUAGAUGCUUUGAGAAAGACAGUAAGUGGAAUUAAAUUUAUUAUCUUAUCCUGUUUAGUUUGUAAAUAAUAAUUAUUAUUUUGAAAAAUUCUAGUCUUAUAUGUUAAGAAAUACAGCGAGUCUCUCUGGAAAGAAUUCAGUUCUCUUAGGACCUGAAGACAGAGCAUUGACUCGGUGACAGAGUACAUAAUAAAACUGUUAAUUUUGACACCUCACUAAACUUAUAAAGCCUAUGAUUUGUACUAAAUUUAUUUAGGGAUUUCCUGAAUGUUGUAUUACAUGUAAUAACAUCUUAUUGCUUUAUACAGGGUAAUAAACAUUGUAUUUGGGUGCAACUACACAAAGAGUAAAUUUAAUUUUCAGAAAAUAAGUUAAUUGAUUUAUAGUGGUUCUUUAUUGUUUUAAUACUCAGGUCAAACAUCUCACACUUGUUAAAAAAGGUGUCCUACAGCUCUCCAAGAAGCUUGUUAGUAAAUCAUAUUUUAGGACACCUACUUAAUAAUUAUUAAUAUUUAUUGUCUUGGUUUAGUGACUUUGUUAUGCUUUGCUGUGAAGACUCCAGAGAAUGUAGACAUUUAUUCUGGUUGCUGAUGCACAUCCUUUUUAUAUUUUAUGAGCAUGUAGCUUACAGUAAUCUUAACACAAACAAAAACAUUAUUGUUUUAAACAGGUUGCAGGCCCUGGGGCUUGAUGAAAGUUACUUUGUACUAUUUUUUAGUGAUGUAGUAGCAAUACUGCAAGGUCAUUAUAACCAAACCACACAGAUUCCCCUCGAUCUAAUACAUCAGCAUUUUGUUAAGAGAUUUAGAGGGCUAGGAGACACUUUUAAUGCUAUUCAUUUAUCUGUAUCAUCGUGAACUGUACUCUGACCUGUGGAAAAGUGACCCGUAUGGUAGAUCCGCCAAUUUAUUGUGUGGUGGUCUUUGUGUAUCAUAAGUUUUAAUAAGUGAAAUACAUUCUGCACAAAACAGUCUAUUUAUAUUUUACACAUGGGAAGGAAUUAAGCCCUCAGGGGUAAUGAUAGUUGUUACUUACAAUUAUUAUUAUUAUUAUUAUUAUUAUUAUUUUUUAUUUAUUUAUUUAUUUAUUUUUAUAUAUAUAUAUAGAAAAAAAACUAAAUUUGCAAAGGAAAAAAAACGAAAUUAAAAGGAAAAAGAUGCAAACCUAAUAAGUGAAACAGUGCAGCAGUAAAGUGUAGCUUGAAGGAAUAAGUAUUUACAAUAAUUAUUAUUGUUAUGAUAGGGUGUCCUAGUAUUUCAAUGUAAUGUCUGAACUGGCAUGCAUUGCUGACUUUGCUCAGUCUUCGUUGAACUUAUCCUUCAGUCAAGUUUUCACCGUUUAGGUGGUAAUAAAUUUUUUAUAGAAAGUUUCCCUUCUCUAGAUUAUCUGCCCUUUCGCUAAAUUUGUCAUUGACACUCUGUAUGCAUGGAUGAAAUAUUUACAAGGUGAUUUUAAAUCCCUUCUGCCUCCCUUCUCGUAGAUCUCUGAAGCCCGUACUGAUGUGGAAAAGGCCAAUCGGCAUGCAACAACAACAGAGCUCGAUCUACGCAGAGAACUUGAUUUGCAGCGGCAGUAUAAGGAAGAGGAACUAGCUUCUCUGUCUCUUCAACAUAGCAAGCGUCUUGAAGAACUGAUUGAACAACACAAUGCAGAGUUGAGGAAACUUGAAGCAUUAAAAGAUGAAGAAAUUAAGGUAGUUCUUUAUUAAAAAAAACGGCAAAAAAACGUUGAAGGGAUUUUUCUACCAGACUUUUGUCACUGGGCCAGCAAGUAACAGCACUAUUAGGAACUGCUGAAAUUUCAAGGAUUUACAAAGAUGCCUCCAAUGUGACAUUUAAUUACUGGUAAUUGUUAUAAGUGUAUGUCUUAUAUAUGUUUUAUUACAGGAAUGUGAUGAGAGGCUUCAAAAGAUUCACAGAGAAGAAAUCACCUCACAGCUUCAGGCAAAUAAACUCACAAUUGAGGCAGUUAAGUCUCAAGCUGAACAGAAAAGAUUGAAGGACAUUGAGGAGUUGAAUAUUGAACAUGAAAAUGAUCAAGGUUUGUUGAUAAUAGUCAAAAAUUGGUUUAUGUUUAAUAACAUUACAGUCAAACCUUGAUGUAACAAAAGCACAAAAGGUACUCUGCCGUGUAUUUACGUGUAUUACUGCAGGUUGUUUUCUUGAGUUACAGGACAUUUUUAUGUUGUACUUAUCUAUUAAAUUGUUGAUGAUCGAGCUUUUUCAAUGCUAUUUUUUUUCUUCAAUUCUUGCUUUUUAUUUCAGAAAAUAUGAGAAGUGAAUUGUUAAGAGUACAACAGGAAGAAAUGCAAAGAUUACACAGAGAUUUUGAGGUUCAGCUGGCAUCUGUGAAACUGCAGCUACAGAGAACCAAUGAACUACACUCACGAAAUGUAAGCAUUGUGUAAAUGUACAUGUAGUGUACUAGAAAUUCCACUUCUGCAUACAGUGCCAGGGUUGGUUCAAAACACUGGACUUUUUUGAGGUCUGGUUUUCGCCCAACAAUGUUUUUUCGAGUAUAACAAGUUGGCCUCAUUUACUAUUAAUAUAUAAAGUUAAGUACCAUUCCCCCACCCCCCACCCCUGCACCCUGAGCUUACUAUGGACUUUUUUUUCCAAAUUCCACAUUGUAAUUCCUUUUGAUCCUACCUUGUAUCCGGUUUUUGUUAUUUUGUUAACAUGCAUGUAUUGAACACAAGCAGUAAGUGUUUCUAAUAUCCAGACAAUGAAAAGGGGUUGAACCUUAGGUUAACUGUUAAUGGCUGAUUUCUCAAAGACUGCUGCUAGUUCUACUAGUUAUUGCUCAAAAAGACUAGCAGCAACAAUGCAUCUGCAGUGGUAUAGAAUUAACCAGCCUUUAAUAGAGAGCUUUAAGUCUGUCUAAGAAAUAAUGAUUUUAAUGAUCCCUCUGAUUGCUGAUUAAAAUUUUGUUUGCAUGACUGCUGAAUCAUUUUUCAGUGAUAACCGUUGUGUCAGUAAUAAUUAUCAGUAGAAAAAGCCUUAUUCUAGUGAUCGAUUUUCACUCCUCUCUUCCUUUUUCAGCCCCCAAAGCAAUAACUUAGACGUUCCAAUCAUUUUAUGUUCACAGGAAUCUGAACAUCAGAGCCAAAUAGAGGAAUUAAAACAGGAAAUAGAACAGAGGCAAUAUCAGAUUAAUGAACUUGAUGAGGAGAUUAGUCAUGUAAGAGGGAAUGUGGAGGAGCUACAGCAUGAAUUACAGGCUAAAGGACAAGAGAUUCUCAGUGUCAGACGAGAGGCUAACUCGCAAAUCAGGUGAAAAUCAGUUGAUUAAAUAUGCAACCAACCCUCCAAGUUGUGACCAGUUUGGUCACCAUGGCGCCUAAAAUUUUGGAGCUGGCGACUUGAUGUGUAAAAAAGUCUCCCUAACCAAAAGAGUUGGUUGCCAAAUGGCGGCUGAGCAAAAACUUAAACUUGGAGGGUUGGCAACUGUUUAAUUUAGGUGUUAGUCCAUCACUGACUUUCGGCAGAUUACUUUUCAUUAAGGGGUACAGAGACUCUUAACUGUUUGGCCAUUGAGGAUCAAAUAAUUUUGUAUUCAACUACUAGUAGAUAUCACUUUCUGCCUAACUGUUUGAAAGUUGCAUGAAAAAAGCCCAUGCAAGUUGCUUGUGGUAAACUACUAGUAGAUUCCCUUAAUUUCCAUAUUGUCUUGUAUCUGCUUGCGAGACUAAGGAGGAAUUUGACAUAUCACCAAAGGUCAGAGCUUAGGGCUUAAUCCACAUGCCUCUUAAUAAUUACACCCAUCGUCUGUUUAAAACAUUUUUCACUUACUCAACAGGAAGCGGGAAGAAGAUCUGGCCAGAGCACAUCAGAAGGAGGUAGACUUCAUGGUUGCAGAUCAUCUACGCGAGACUCAGGCUCUGCUUACAGAGUUUAACAGGUCUAAAGAACUCCUUAGUGACAAGAUAUCUGCGUUACAGCUAAUGUAAGUGAAUGUAAUUGUAAUUGUAAUUUGUAAUUGUAAUUAUCUUAUUAUCCACUCCCCUCAGGGCUUUUCAGGGAUAAUUUACAACACUGGUUGGGGGACUUUGCCAGACUGCUCAAGAUGCAGUUUACAAGUACUGAAGGAAUGAGUGAUGAUGCCCCCAUAUAUGAGUGUGCAAGUGAGAUAGACCACUACACCGGGCACUACGUGCCCUACUCUUUACGAAGAGUGUGUGGGUUCUUUAACGUCCCACAGAUUUAUUACAAUGUAACAGUCUACAAAGAACUUUGUACCUCUACCAUUUUCAAUUUUGAAUUUAUAAAUAUUAUCAUGAUAAGAUAUGUACAGUUUAUACAAAUAAAAUAUGCCAAGCAUGGUGUAUUUGACACCAAAAUUUGUUGGUUACUCCAGAGAAUUCUUGCAUUGAGUGAACAUUUUGAUCCCAGUGUAGAGCUGAAAAUACUGUUCAUCAGAAUUUGAUUUCUGCCAGCCAAAACUAAUAAACAUACGUAACUAACAGAUAUUGUUGGACAGUUUUGCAGCAAAACAUAUUAUUUUGUGAAAUGAAGUUUGCCAAUUGCUGUAGGUUAUUUGCUUUGGUUCACCAAGGAUCUGUAGUCUAUAUUUUGAGUGUAAACUUCUUUCACUCAGCGGUUCUCCUACGAGUACUUGUCAGGUACUUCACUAACAUAGUAUAAGGUGACCCCACAUUUUGAAGAAUGACUACUAUUAAUUUUGAGGUCAAACUGACUUAAAAGGGGAAGAAAUGAUGUUAACCCUGGAACAUUGGUGUAGAGUUUUAAAAUAAGAUUGUUUUCUAAUAUAUGAUCUUGUUUUUUUUUUAAAAUAGGCUGGAGGAGGCUGAAGAGAAAUACAGAAGCAGACAGUCACGCCCUGAGGACUUGGAAGUCAUUGAACAGCUAAAGAGAGUGCUGGCAGAAAGGGAACUUGAUAUGAAAAAACUUGUGGUGAGUACUCUUGUAAAAUGAUGUUUCUCAACAGGGCUCAGAAAAAAAAUUGAUUUCCAGCUUGUCCUUUGGGAAAGCAGCUUUCACAUUUUGCUGGCUGCUCGUCUAGUUUAUAAAGGCACUUGCCAUGCCCUUUGGGCCAGUACAAUGUAAGCUUUAAAAGUUACUUGCCCACUCAAGAAAAUCUAUUUAUCCUGGGGAUGGGACUCUUUUCAAGCCCUGCUCAAACAAACUAAAUAACAGCGAAGUUAACUCUGAAGUUUCUGUGGCCUUGUUACAUAGGACAGGAGGGUGUGUGCUCCAUGUCACAAUUUUUGGUACAUUCUUUGUCCAUGUUGAAGUGGUGUUAAAUGGCCUAAAAUUUGGGUGCAAGCUGUAAUGUAGAUGUCCCCACCAUAUAGUCCGGUGGCUUAGUGCAAAAUUUUGGCGAGAUCUAUACAGAGCGGACAAAAGCAUCAAACUUUGCAUGGUUGUAACUUAAGGUAUGUUAGUCAAUAUUAGGAUCGGUGCCCACAACUACCUCUUCAGGAUUUGGCAGCAACUGCUCGCUGAAGUUCUUCAACAACCUUCCAUGAUGGGUGCCCUGUGCUGAAAAUUGCAAUACCUUUUUUUUGCCAUUUUUGAUGAAAAUCACAUAAAAACGGAAGUAAAUGGAAAAAGAAACUGUAUUAAUACUAUUAUUAUUGAAACCAAUGACUAAAACAAGUCAACUUAAUGAUACAGCAAUUAUGAUGUACCAUGGUGGGUGCCCUGUGCUAAAAAAUAUCAAUUCCUUUUUUUUGCCAUUAUUUUGAUGAAAAUCACAUGAAAGACAUGAAAAUAAAAAAAAAUUGUAUUAUUAUUGAAACCAAUGAAAAAAACAAGUCAACUAAAUGGAAAAUCCAAGGAAGGUGUUUUCAGACGCAUACACAGUCCCAAAUAGCCUUUCAAGAUGGCGGCUGUGUCUUUUCAUGGACUGUAAGUAUCUACUAGAAUAAAUUGCCGUUUUUUAGGGGAAAUUGUGUACAAUUUGAAUCACGACAGGUUUAAGUGAAUUUUAAGUUCUUUUUGGUGAUAAAUUUGUCAUCGAAAGCCACACUUUCUCUUCACAUUUUGUGCCGAUUAUGAAUGACUACAGUCGACUCUCUCUUAACGGACACCUCUAUAAGACGGACACCUCUGUAAAACGGACCCCUUGAGCUGGUUCCUGCCUUUGCUUAUUCCCUUUAUUUGACUCUUCAUAAGACGGACAUCUCUCUAAGACGGACACUUAGUGCCGGUCCCAAAGGUGUCCGUCUUGGAGAGAGUUGACUGUAUACUUAGUAUAUUUUCGUACUGGUUAAAAUUAAUAGUAGUAAAAAUAGCUUCUUUCUAUAGCGCUCAUAUCCUGAGCACAUGGUGCUUUACAAUGUUAAAGAGGAAAAAAAUUAUAUCUCGAGCAUGAAAUAACAUAUAUUAAAAUCUAUUUGCAAUUCACAUAGAACAAGAGAAGGAAACAAGAAUUCAUCUGUUUUAAAAUUAUUUUGCCUUUAAAGUUUAUAUAUAAUGAUAAUAGGUCAUGCAAAAAACUAAAUAUACAUUCUAUAAAUAUAGGUAUAUGAUCUGCAGAUAUUAAAGACGUUUUACAAAAGUAUUGACUUACUCUCUAAAAAUUGCGUAAAAAGAUAUGUUCUCAGUCCUUUCUGUCAACUGGCUAAAGAUGGUGACUUGUGAAAAUCUAGCUAAUGGUAGUGAGUUCCAACGUUUAGGGGGGGCACACUGAAAAAGUCUUUUCCCCGUGAGUUUUCGAGGUUGUUCUAAGAGCUGCUGAGAUGCGGACCACACGUUCCUGGAAGGCCUUCGAUAACUGUCCGCUAAAUAGCUAGGUGGAAGGUUAUUUUGAAAACUGACAAAAUAAGUUUAAAAACAACAUGAUAACUAACAGCUAGGAAGCCAGUGAAGGUCAAAUAAAUGAUGUGUUCGCAAAGUUUACGAGUCCGAGUAACGAUCCUGGGGGCAGUGUUCUGAACAUAUUAUUAAAAGUUCCUUCAAGUGCAUUUUCUUACAACCAUAGAGCAAGGAACUGCAAUUAAUAGUCUGUUUUAGAUGUAAUAAAAGCAUGCACUGCAAUUUCGCUAGACUCCUGUGUGAGACACAAUCUUAUCUUUGAUAAGUUCCUGAGUUGGUGAAACGAUAAUCUGCAAAAGAAUGCUGAGACGUGGGUCAAACAGCACGUUGUCAUCAAAUACUACUCCCAGGCUUUGUUGGUGGUGGUUCUUAGCCUUGCAUUACCCAUAAUGACGUCGCUAAAGGGUGGACGAGUAUGGUACAUCGACAAGAUAAGCAUGAUUUCAGUCUUAUCAUGAUUGAGUUUAAACUCGUUUCUACACACCAAGAUGGAAAUCAGUUGGGAUCGUUGUCAUCAGUCAUAUUUACCUAGGGUGAGAAUCGAAAAGAGAGGAUCUGAGAAACCCAUAAAUUUAACGGAACAAUUAUUUAUAGACGGCUCCUUGACAAUUUACUAGAAUUCAAGAAAGAGGACUGUGCCGUCUUGUUGCAAUUAUGUUUCAUAUUGAAACCACUACAGUAGUAAACACGUUACUGAAGUGCAAAGUGGCAUCAAUCCUGUCACCUUACGUCCAAGUUAGAAAAAGCAAACUAGAAAAGAGAAAAAAGCACGUUGAAGCAGAUCAGAAACAGCAAGCUGGAGAUUGUGGCACCAAACGAGCUUGUAAGACUGACACUAUAGUGGGACUGCAAAGUGUGUGCCUUUGUUUGUAACGAAUACAGCUUAAUAUGAAGUUCGGCAAGUAUAAAGAAAUGUGUAUCAUUGUCCACUGCAUUUGCUAUGUACGCAGUGAGUUCAACAAAUGCUCUUGAUUUAUUUAAUUUCUCGUCUUCUUCGGCCUUCCAAGCUGCUCCACUUUUCUUCUCGAGUUCCUCUGACAUGUAUGCCUAUUUCGCACGUCAGCCUUUUUAGUACAGUUUCAAGGAGCGUUCUCCUGAGCGUUCUAUAAAUUAAUGCUUGUACCGUUAAACCAGUGGGCUUCUCAAAUCUUCUUUUGUUGAUUCUUGGUAAAUAUAACAACGAUCCCACUUAAUAUCCAUCCUGGUGUGUAGAAAACAUCUCAGCUUCAGAAACCUUCAACUAAGCAGUAAGUUAAUAAAGUCAGUAUAGUCAUUCAUAAUCGGCACAAAAUAUGAAGCGAAAAUGUGGCUGUCGAUAACAAAUUUAUCACCAAGAAGAGCUGAAAACUUCACUUAAACCUGUUGUGAUUCAAAUUGUGCACAAUUUCCCCUAAAAAACGGCAAUUUAUUCUAGCAGAUACUUACAGUCCAUGAAAAGACACCUUCAAGCCGCCAUCUUGAAAGACUAUUUGGGACUGUGUACGCGCCUGAAAACAUCUCCCUUGGAUUUUCCAUUUAGUUGACUUGUUUUUGUCAUUGGUUUCAAUAAUAAUACAAUUUCUUUUCUUAUUUUCUUGUCUUUCAUGUGAUUUUCAUCAAAAUAAUGGCAAAAAUCAAGGAAUUGAUAUUUUUAGCACAGGAUACCCACCAUAGUACAUCAUAAUUGUUGUAUCAAUAAGUUGACUUGUUUUAGUCAUUGGUUUCAAUAAUAAUAGCAUUAAUACAGUUUCUUUUUCCAUCUACGUCCCUUUUUAUGUGAUUUUCAUCAAAAAAUGGCAAAAAACAAAUGAUUGCAAUUUUCAGCACAGGGAACCCAUCAUAGAAGGUUGUUGAAGAACUUCAGCGAGCAGUUGCUGCAAAUCCUGAAGAGGUAGCUGUGGGCACCGAUCCUAAUAUUGACUAACAUGCCCUAAGCUACAACCAUGCAAAGUUUGGUGCUUUUGUCCACUCUGUAUAGAUCUGAGCCUUUAGCCACUUGACUAAUAAGGCUGCAACGGUUCCUAGGAGUAAUCUUUGAAAUUUUGGUUGGCCGGAGCACAGUGUCUGUUGCUUGAACCCUGGAACCUUAGCCUUUACCAGACCAAUUGACCAUCUUUAAUACUAUUCUAACCCAUCCUCAACCAACUAGAUACCGGAAACUCUACUUUUUCACGCCACUGAUAAAUUUUCCAUAACAGUAUUCUGUUUCAGACUAAGACCUGCCUAAUUCUGUAUGUUAUCUUAGACUGAACUUCGUGAAAGUCCAUUCUGUAUCCACCUACCCGUUACCUGUAUAGCUGAUGUAUGCCAGUUGGUGGUAACCCCCCCUCAUGUACUUCAGCCCCUCUCUGAUUGUCUUGUCUUUUGACUGCAUUCAAGCACUCCUAUAAUUUCCAUCAUUUCUUUGAUUUAUGGAGCAGAGGUUCUGGUUGCUAAGUGUCGAUGUACUUGCAAACAAUUAAAUAAAUAAUAAGUUGUUAUGGUAAUUACCCCAGUAUUUGUUCUUACUGUCAGAGUGGAGGUUAUAUUUUACAACCAAACUUUGGAUGUUGUUUUAGACAUCACUUUGUUAUUUGAAAAUAAUCAUCUCUUUCAUCAUUUUCUUUUAGGAUGAAAAGAGGUAUUUUCAGAUGGAAUUACUCAACAGAGAAACAAAUUUCAACAAGGUGUUCAAAGCAGCUCCAAAUAUUGGAGUCAUAAACCCUCUUCAAGCAAAGACUAAACCUGGAAAAGAUGGAAUUCGACAUGCCACCUCACUUGUUAUGAGUGCCUCCAAACUGGAUCCAAUACCCAAUAUGCCAGUACACGAAAAAAGACUCAACAACAGCCGACCACUUCCGCCCACCCCACCUAAAGACCCCCCACCCCAUAGAAAAACAACUGCCAUACACUAA